AUGCGAGCGGCUCUACUGUUUCUCAUUGUGAUCGUCUUCGUGCAGGCAAAAAUUCUACGCGAAGGCUCUGCGGAAUGGAUACAGGAGUAUCGUCGACGAGAACGAUAUCAGGAUUGCUUGAAGCAUUGCGUGAACAAGUCAAAGAGAGUAAAGGACAAUGAGGUUCUCUGCAGUGAAUGUUCUCUACUCCUAAAUUCAGAUGACUCUAUUUAGCUUAUCUUCUCAUAGUUUUUCUGGAACUAAAAA